AUGGCUGGAGCAGAGGGCAAGGAAAAGGGUGCUUGGCCCCAGAACGGGUUGGACUUGGCCGUGCUUGGACUGCCUUCGCUACAGAUUAAGUCUGAUGAUGAUUAUGGUGCAGAAGAGGUGGAGAGCCUGAAGUCCCUGGUGUCGAACCUCCGGCAGCUCCUGGACCUCCACAGGAAAUACAGCUGCAGACUUUCACUUUCAGUCUUUGAGAAGGGAAGUGUAAGGAGCGUGGUGUUCUACAUGCUGGACAAAGUGCCGGCUCCUGAGCUGAUCGCCGCCACGGUGGAGAGCAGAAUCCUGCCGUACGCCGAAGAGCACGAGACUCCUUUUGAUGAGAUGCUCCUACAGUACAUCAAGGAUCUGCUGGAGCACUGCAGCUCUCAGACCACAACACUCUUCACAGAAUGGGAAGCCAAAGCGGUGACGGUGCUCGAUUGCAUAAAUGAUACUGAUAUGAAGGUGGAUGCUGUGCUGGAGAUCAUGCAGAAAGCCGUGGUGCCCUGGAGUAAAGUGGUAGAACAGCUGGUCCAGCAGUACCUCGAGAUGGAUGGACCAAAACAAGAGCUUUUAAAGGAGAGCUACCGUCUGAUGGAGAUCAGGAAACUUCUCCGGGGUUACGGGAUCCGCAACUUCAACCUCUCUAACAGCACUCAAAUUAUGACGCUGAUUAGAUACAUCCUAAAGCAAGACUUGCCAAUGUCCUUAGAUGACUCGCUGACUUUAGCUGAAGCGUACAAACUUCCCACCUCGCAGAUUAAUUACUUAUUUCUCACUCAGCUGAUCGGCCAAGGCAGGACUGAGGAGUGCAUGACUGUCCUGAAGAAGCUGUCCUGUGCCGAGGCAGAGUGUGUGAUCGAGCGCCUCACCACCUGGGCCAGGCUGCAGCUGGAGGACAAAGACCACAUUUCUGAUGAGCACAAGAAGAACCAGAUGGUCGUGGCUCAGGGGAUGGUAGAGGCUCUGAAAUACAUGCAUAUAAUCCAAAAGCGUGAGUACUGA